UCGGAUAUGACUAACGCGUAUUUCGAUCGAGGUUCAUUCGCCGCUCAGUAAUAUUGCACGGGCUUCCGGAUGAAUCGUUGCCUCCGAACUUCUCGUGCCUCCUUUUCCCCCCUCGAUUUCCAAGUCUUACUUGUGAGAGUAUCCAAACAGGAUCAUCAAGACUACUCAUUGUCCGUUACUGAUUGUCUGUGACUGGUCCAGGAGUUCCUUGUUGGUUGACCCACUCUCCUUCUCAGGGGCCAUGGAGGAGAAGGGGCAGCAGAGCUUGGAAUGUAUCCAGGCCAAUCAGAUCUUCCCCAAAAAGUCCCCCGUUCUGGAGGAAGAAAACAUGCAGGUGCCCUUUCCUGAGCUGCAUGGGGAGUUCGCAGAGUAUGUGGGGAGAGCAGAGGAUGCCAUCAUCGCGGUGUCCAACUACCGCCUACACAUCAAGUUCAAAGAGUCCGUUGUCAACGUUCCUCUUCAGCUCGUAGAGACCGUGGAGUGUCGGGAUAUGUUCCAGCUUCACGUCACCUGUAAGGACUGUAAAGUCGUCAGGUGCCAGUUCUCCACCUUUGAGCAGUGUCAGGAAUGGUUGAAACGCCUGAACACAGUAGUGCGCCCGCCCUCUCGCCUGGAGAACCUCUUCUCCUUCGCCUUCCACGCCUGGUGCAUGGACGUGUACGCUGGCGAGAAGGAGCAGCACGGCGAGCUGUGCCGACCAGGCGAACACGUGACUUCCUGGUUCAAGAACGAGGUCGAGAGGAUGGGCUUUGACACCCAAAACGCCUGGAGGAUAUCUGACAUCAACAGCAAGUUCAGGCUCUGCCCCAGCUAUCCUCAGCAGCUCUUGGUGCCGGCCUGGAUCACUGACAAGGAGCUGGAAAAUGUGGCAGCCUUCCGCUCCUGGAAGAGGUUUCCUUCUGUGGUUUAUAGGCACCAGACCACUGGAGCCGUGAUCGCCCGCUGCGGUCAGCCGGAGGUCAGCUGGUGGGGCUGGAGGAACGCUGAUGACGAGCACCUGGUCCAGUCCAUCGCCAAGGCCUGCGCCGUGGACGGUAGCUCCCGCAAACACAUUUCCAACGGCGGCUACACCAACGGCAACGACCUGCCCGACACCGACUUUGAAUCCUCCAUGACCAACAGCUCAGAGGUGGAGACUUUGGCCACCCAGCCCCACAAGUUACUGAUCCUGGACGCCAGGUCCUAUGCUGCUGCCGUGGCUAACAGGGCCAAAGGGGGAGGCUGUGAAUGCCCAGAGUACUAUCCCAACUGUGAGGUGGUGUUUAUGGGCAUGGCCAACAUCCACUCCAUCCGCAAGAGUUUCCAGUCUCUGCGUUUCCUCUGCACUCAGAUGCCUGAUCCAGCCAACUGGCUUUCUGCUCUUGAGAGCACCAAGUGGCUGCAGCACCUGUCCCUGCUGCUGAAGGCAGCGCUGCUGGUGGUCAACGCUGUGGACAGAGACCACAGGCCUGUUCUGGUGCACUGCUCUGAUGGCUGGGACCGCACACCUCAGAUCGUUGCUUUGUCCAAGGUGCUGCUGGACCCGUACUACCGCACUAUCGAGGGCUUCCAGGUUUUGUUGGAGACUGAUUGGCUCGACUUUGGCCACAAGUUUGCCGACCGCUGCGGCCAUGGAGAGAACUCUGAGGACGUGAAUGAGCGCUGCCCUGUCUUCCUGCAGUGGCUGGACUGUGUUCACCAGCUGCAGAGGCAGUUCCCAUGCUCCUUUGAGUUUAAUGAGGCCUUCCUGGUGAAACUGGUGCAGCACACCUACUCCUGUCUGUUCGGCACCUUCCUGUGUAACAGCGGCAAGGAGAGGGAGGACCGCCACGUUCAGGAGCGGACCUGCUCCGUGUGGUCGCUGCUGAGGCCGGCUAACCGCGCACUGAGGAACAUGCUGUACUCUUCACACUCCGAGACAGUUCUCCACCCGGUGUGUCACGUACGCAACCUGAUGCUGUGGACGGCGGUCUACCUGCCCAGCUCCUCCCCCACCACCCCCUCAGAUGAAUCAUGCGCCCCCUACCCGGUGCCUGGUGGCAACCCUGAGGAUGCGCCCCUGGGCAGACGUACGAAGACUCGCUCCUUCGACAACUUGCCCAGUGCAUGUGAGCUGGGAAGCUCUCUGGCUCCUAACCGCCGCUCCAGUGACCCAAGCCUCAAUGAGAAGUGGCAAGACCACCGGCGUUCGCUGGAGCUCAACAUGGCAGUGGGGCCCGAGGGAGGGGGAAACCCGGAUCAGGAGGUGCGGCCUAACGGAGUGGGGCUUUACCCAGACGGAGUUGACUCUGAACUGGAGGACAGCCUGCAGCCCCGGGGCUCGCACUCUGAGCUCAGACAGGAAGCCUCUGUAUGCACAGCAGCAACAGGAGACGAAGCAAAGGAGGCAGAGCUCUCUGUGGCAGUGGGCGUGGCGGAGAGCCAAAUGGAGAACAUCCUUCAGGAAGCCACCAAGGAGGAGGCUGGAGCAGAUGUUCAGAGAGAGGGAAGUGCUGCUGUCAAACAUGUCACUGACACCGUUGACACAGAGUCAGAGGAAGUAGCAAAAGUCGAAGAGGAUGAUCGGUGUGCCGAGGUCAACGGGACUGAGAUGCAGAGAGAAGCACUUGCUAAUGGUCACCAUCCAGUAAAUGGCGUAAUGGAAGCUGAGGAGAAUGAUGCGCCUCCCUCUCUACCCACACAGAUGGCAGAGGAGCUGGAUCACCAGGCAGCUGAGGUGACUCAGGCCCCAGAGGAGCUGGAGAAGCAGGAUGUAGAGAACUCUUCUGUACAAGAGGAGCUUGCACAUGGACCCAGUGAGUCCGGCUCAGAUGAGCCAGAGCAGCCUGCAGCCCACAGAACUAUAACCAACGGCUUUGUGGACAGGUCGCCCGAAGAGCCAGAUGUAGCUGAGGAGACCUGCCCUGACUGUGACCACAGUGUCACAAAGCAGGUGGAUAAGAUGGCCUCCCUGAUGGAAAGCUCCACAGAGACUUUAACUGAAGAGGCCUGCAGCAGGAUGGAGCUACCACCACAGCCUCCUGUUUGUCCAACUCGUCAUCCCUGCAGUGAUGGCAGGAACCAACCGCCGUGCUUCAGGAAGGAGCAAGGACUGGAGGCAGGCGAGCAUGGCUUUAUCAGAACUUUAAACGGGGGCUGCAAGCGACCCUCUGUCAGUGCCUUUCAGUGUGUCAGUGCUGACCUCAGCAGGGAUGGGUUUUAUAACGGCGACAGCUCCGAUGCGGAGCCCUGCGGAGGACAUCACUGGGUCAAAGGGAACGGAGAGAGGGUUCCUCUGAGUCGACAGGUGUCGCUAGCAAGCUGCAACUCCCUGAUCCUCCAUCCACGUGGGAGCUGCUCCCAGCACCGCUGGUGCCACGCCCUGCUGGGCCGGGCCGCCAUCAGCCCGGAGCAGCCGUCCCGCAGCCAUCUUGAUGACGACGGGCUGACCCUGCACACGGACGCCAUCCAGCAGAGGCUGAGGCAGAUCGAGGCGGGACACCAGUUGGAGGUGGAGACUCUGAAGAAGCAGGUGCAGGAACUGUGGAGCCGCCUGGAGAAUCAGCAGCACGCCGGCUCCCAGAGGUUCAACGGAGACAUGGGAGACGAAGUGACCUCAAUGACAGACUCUGAGUACAACCUGGACCCCAACUGUUUGUCGCGGUGCAGCACAGAGCUUUUCUCCGAGGCCAGCUGGGAGCAGGUGGACAAGCAGGACACUGAGGUGACUCGCUGGUACCCAGACCAUUUGGCAGCCCAGUGUUACGGCUGUGAGAGCAGGUUCUGGCUCGCCGCCAGGAAGCAUCACUGCAGUGGCAGGGAGCCUUUCCAGGAGGUCUGGAACUGCGGUAACGUGUUCUGUGCCAGCUGUUGCGACCAGAAGAUCCCAGUGCCAAGCCAGCAGCUUUUCGACCCCAGCCGCGUCUGUAAGAGCUGCUACGGCAGCCUCAAGCUCAGCCCGGCUCCCCUGGACCUGGACCUGGAGCUGGAGAAACCCAUCACAGCCAGCUCCAACUGAGCCUCGGAGCACGGGGACGGGCAGCCGGCCGCUGACACGGGCGCACUGCUGAAGGAAGAGCACAGGAGCUACACAGAAUGCCCCAUGUACUUUGUGCGCGUGUGUGUGUGUGUGUGUGUAUGUGUGUGUGUGCCACAGAGAUGGAAUUUGUAUAUAUACGGAGGAUGACGUGGCGGAGGAGCUGAAUGACGUGUUGGUGAGAUGCCGAGCUCUCUGAAAGGUGUGUGUGCACAGGGGUGGUGUGUAUGCGUGCGUGUGUGCGUGUGUGCGUGUGUGUGUGUGUGUGUGUGUGUGUGUGUAUGUGUGUAAUGCACACAUUUGCCACACAGAUGGUUUGUGGCAGUGACGGGACGGCACUCCGAGGCCAGAGGAGUGAGAAUGGACAUCCUGGUGCCUUGGACCAGGCAGGCGGAGAAGGUCGUCUCACUGUGUUGCUGAAGUCUCUUGGAGAGCUUCGGUCCAUUGAAUCAUUUAGCAGCUCAUCCAGACUUCUCGUCAGACUCUUACCUACCAUCAUCUCAAAGCUUGGACUACUUUACUUUUGAGGAUGUAUCAUCAGUAGCAACAUGGGAAAUCUCCCGGCAAUCACGAGGCAGUCCCCCAGCUUUCGAACUGUCUGGGUAGCUGAUGUUCACAAAUGUCGAUUAGGCAAAUCUUGAAGGGUCAGUUCACCCAAAUUGCGAUACGAUGUUACCUCACGUACCUCUAGUGGGGUCUAACCAUGAAUCCAAUUUCCUUUUUUAGGUAGUUUUGAGAUCUCAUUUCUGAGAUUUCUGCUGCCACCCCGAGACAGAGGAGGAGUCAUCAGAUCCUUGUACCGAUUAAUCAAUUCAUAUUUUCUUUCUGUAAUUUAUCAGAAUAUAGUGACAUAUGAGCAUCAUGUCUCAGAGCCCGAGGCCACAUAUUCAUAUUCCUUGUUUUGGCCGACUUACUGUCCAAAACUAAAACCUAUUCAAUUUGAUAACAAAUAUGACAAAGAAAAGUUGCUUUUGCUUUUUCUUUUCUUUUACAUUUGAGAACCUGACACCAGAGGGUUUUUUCUACAACUUGACUAUUCGAUUAUAAAAUAACUAAUUGUUUGUGGCUCACAGUGCUGAAAAAUGGCAGAAGUGGUACGCCACUGAUUUAGUAAUAAGCCUUCCAUACAGUUGGGUGAUCUACAUUAUAUAUUUAUUUAAUUGUCCAAAUUGAUGCUGCGGAGGCUUGACUUUCAGUGUGUUUCAAGCUCAAAGUGCAGCUCAAUAGUUUCUCUAAACUAGAUCCUUCCUAGCUGGUUACCUCCCACAUCUUUAAACGUUAUAUUUCUUCUGCUUGUGGUCUCCACAUCCCUCGAAAGACAACUCUGAUGACAUAUGAAUUUUUUUAGACCCUCCUACAACUGUUUCCACCGGCUGAGUCGUACGCCUCGUGAUAAGUAAACAGAUUUUUAUGUGAGAAAAAUUGUUACAAAAUGUACCUGAAGCCAUGUACCCAUUAAUAGAUAAUCCACAAUUUUGUCAUUUUGGUGAACUGACCCUUUUUAAAAUUCUCUGGGCUGAAUCUCAACUCUCAUAUUUGGAAGAGAAGAAAAGAAGAAAGCAGUUUGUCUGCAUCAGUUUGUUACCGAGUUGAGAUGUGGAGUGGAUGUUAGAAUCCUCAAGGUUGAGGGUUUUAAAGGAUGUUUGUCUCUCUCAAAGUACUUCUUUUGAAUACUUAUCCCGUUCACAGUGAGGAGAGGUUGUUGUUAUUAUUAUUAUUAUUAUAUAUUUUUAAAACAGAAUUUAAGUGAGUCUUAAAAUAGGACUAGUUAGUGAUCUGUAGAGCAGGCUUUAAAACAUCCGACCCUUUAACAGCUGAUGGCCGCUCGGCUCUUCCACGGUGAUGGACUGUUAUUCAGCGUCGGCGGGGCGUGGACGCUGAUGUGUUGUGGCGUGGUCGGUUUGUGUCAGACACAGACUGACUGGCUGAGUAAUCUCUCCUGUUAGCCGUUACUUCAUGCCCUUCACUCACAACAGCACUGUUUGUUAUUCUUUUUUUACCCAGCAAGCACUGGGAGCUGAACAUCACUCACGUUUCAGACUCUCAAUGGAAAUCACUAGCAAAGUUGUGAAUUUGACACAUUUAACGUCUGUGUUCAAAUUCCCAAGACAUCCUAUUCUCCUUCUAUUCAGUGUGAUUAUUUUUCCCAGGGUGCAGUACACCAUGACCUCACUUGUGAUCGCUGCUGUUAUAGGCUGAAAUUCAAGGAGUGCAGUGGCAACAGAAAGGGCUCUUAGCGUAUUCAAAAGUCUGUAACUCCCACAAGAAAUAUGUCAGAGAAGCUUCACUGAGACGCCCACUCUGCCUAACUCCCAUUCAAUGACCUCCUUGCACACACACACACGCAUACACACACUGUUUUGUAAAAUAAAUGAAUAAAAUAAUAUAUUCAGAUACCUAUAUAGCAUUUAAGAAAAAGUUAUAGAAUCCUUGAAUAGUGGCUCACUUAAUUAGUCACCAAAAAGUUUUUUUAAAUACUUGGUUUUAUUCUGUUAUUAAUUGCAGAAAAUAACUAUAUUUUGCAACCUGUUGAAGAUAACAGGUGUUUUUUUUGUUGUUUUUUUUAUAGCGACGCAGGGUGUCCUGUUUCUAUGCUGCAUUGGUUUUUCCCUUUUUAAAUGCGAUCAUUAUUAUUGAUUUAAUUUAUUAAAGUUUUUUUGUUGCUGAAUUGCUUGAAAUCCAGACAAUUCAAAUGCCACAGGAUAAUCAGUGUUUAUUGAGGUGAGGAGUGAGAGAAGGUUCUGAUCUGUGGCUACGGCGACACUCGUCAGUUCUGUUUUCGUUUUCGGCCGAUUACAGAAGGAUCUGUGACGGCAACCAUUUCCAUAUUCGGUGGGGAAGGGGGUCACCAGAGGUCCUGCAUCAUGUGACCUCUGAAUGAAAAUACAAUGAGUGUGUCUAGCCAAUGAGAAGUCUAUGCACUGAGAGAACAGUGGUCCAAAACAAGCAGCCUAAAUCCAAAAUAAAAGCCUCCCACCCCUCAACUCACACACACACACACACACACACACACACACAUUACUCCAUACAAACUCAUCUACAAACACUACCUCUACUUUGUACACACGCUUGUUCAUGCACACACAGAUUCCCACUGAGUGUGACUUUCCAGAUAUACAUAAUUGAGAAUGGCCUUUUGUUAUCAUUUUAUUCCCUUAGUCAGCUGGAGCAUUAAAGGUACAGCACACAAUCGGCGGCUUUAAUUUUCAUCGUGAGCUUAUUGUUGAGACCUUCUUUUAAUCUUUCUCCCUCGUAAGGUCAGCAGAACGGCCCACUGGUGCCAGAUAGUCGGUGAGGUUCAUACGGGAUGAUAAAGUCUUGACUCUCAGAGGAAAUGCAUAACUAUAACUGUGAUUGACAGCAUGAUACUAUUGAAUCAUACUCGAGCUAUAUCAUUGAUCAUAUCUGCUGUUGGAUUUAAAUGGUGUGGUAGAACCAGCAGAUGGUUGACGUGUGCAGAGGAGCCAGAACAACAACAGGCUUGAAGUGUUUGUUUUUCUCACUGUCCUCCUGUGGAAGUGGUGAACGGGUUCCAUUCAAAAGGUCGACCUUCAGCCUUUCAAACAGGAUGGAAAAUAUGAAUUUGUUUGCCCUCUUUUAUAGAUGAGAUAUUUACAAAAAAGUGAUGAGCAACAAGAGAGGCAUUAACUGUUCAAACACUAAUGUCUGUGAGACAUUAUUAUUAAAUGUGCAGGAAAUACAAAUAUUGGUUCAACCCAGAUGAGCCUCUCUACUCCAAUUCAUGUUUUUUGUCAUCUAAAGAAAUUUAGAUAAACUGAUCUUCAACCAGAUUAUUGACUUAACAUUUUAACAUUUCAUAAUUGUGAUGUAAAGCUUGUUUUUCUAGACCAGUGCUCCGAUUAACAGAUGAUUUAUUACAAGGAUUCACACGCCCCUAAGUGUCUUAAGCCAUCAAUGUUUCCCAUCGCUUUGUGUUUAAAAAAUAGACAAUCAAAUGGUAACAAAAGACUUGAUGUGGCUCCAAUGAGUUGCGUAAUGACCCUUGAAGGCCACGGCGUUCUCCCUUUCCCUGUAAACACACUGACGGGCGGCAGCAGGAACCCUUCCUCUGUAUUGUCACCACCAUCACAGGCAUGAGGGGCACCAAGCUCGUCUGAUUCAACAACCCAUGAAUGUGAAUUGUCUAAAGGCUAUUUUUCUGCACACGUCAUUAAAGAAGACUGCCGCUGAGUGCCGUGCUCUUUGGUAUUGCAUCGAGCGUUAUUGUGCGCGGGAGGGUCCGGGUAACGUGAACAGGUCAUCGGUUAACACACCUUGCCAGUAUGAUUCCUUGCUGUCUUCUCUCUUGGUCCGCAUAUGUUGUAUUUCUCUUCGCUCACGCUGACGUGCUCCAUCAGAGGCGUCUCUGCAACAGCCCAGUGAUCUCUUGACUCGAGUGUGUACGUGUGAAUGCAUCGUGUGUGUGUGUGUGUGUGUGUGUGCGUGUGCGUGUGCCUUUUGGUGGAGACUGGUGCCAAGCAGCUUUAUUACGGGUCUCUCACAAAGGGAUCACUCGUGCUUUUGUUUGAUUUUCCUCUUCUUUUUCUUUUCUCUCCCCCCGCCCCUUCUGUUUGAUAAGCACUUUGAACCUUCUCAUGUCUGAGGAGUGUGUAGCUGUACAUAGCAAUCUCCUGUAACAACGAGUGCGCCCAUGGUUCAGUCUGAAUAUUUUGUUUUGUCGGAUUUACUUUAAAGAGCAUUACAUUGUUGUAGAAUUUUAAAAAGGAAAAAUAAACUAGAUAAACCUUC